UUAGUUAAUUUGCAUAUAAAUGUGAAUACUUUGCCUUUCCAAUUUGCUCCUCACAAAACAUUAUCUAGUGCUUUGAGUUUUUAUCUCUGGUCUAAUGUCAACAAGUGAUUCAACCAGUGAUUCAACCAGUGGUGGUGGUGGUGACGUUGGAAUUAUAGUUGUUAUAGCCCUAGUAGUAGUUGCUGUUAAAGUAGCUAUUUUUGUUUGUGUUUGUAGAAGAAUAACCGAAGCAAGAGGUGGAUCUAAAUCCACUACUUCCAUUACUCCAGAUUCACAAUUCAUAACUCUCACAAUGGAUAAAUUUCUAAACGACAUGGAAAGGGAGAAGCCAAUAAGGUUCACAGGUCAACAGCUAAGAAUUGCAACAGACAACUAUUCCAACUUCUUAGGAUCAGGCGGAUUCGGAACAGUUUACAAAGGAAUUUUCAAUAACGGAUCGAUGGUAGCCGUGAAGGUUCUCCGCGGUAGUUCUAACAAGAAAAUCGACGAACAGUUUAUGGCAGAAGUCGGAACAGUUGGUAGGAUUCAUCACUUCAAUCUUGUUAGGCUAUACGGAUUUUGCUUUGAACGGAACUUGAUCGCGCUUGUUUAUGAGUACAUGGGGAAUGGAUCACUUGACAGGUAUUUGUUUCAUGAGAAAAAGGUGUUGGAAUUCGAAAAGCUUCAUGAGAUUGCAAUCGGUACUGCACGAGGAAUUGCUUACUUGCAUGAAGAGUGUCAACAUAGAAUAAUCCACUAUGAUAUAAAACCGGGAAAUAUUCUCUUGGAUAAGAAUUUCUAUCCAAAAGUUGCUGAUUUUGGUUUGGCGAAACUUUGCAACAGAGAAAAUACUCAUAUAACGAUGACCGGAGGAAGAGGGACGCCUGGUUACGCUGCGCCCGAGCUUUGGAUGCCAUUUCCUAUAACUCAUAAAUGUGAUGUUUAUAGUUUUGGCAUGCUGUUGUUUGAAAUUGUAGGUAGAAGAAGAAACCUUGAGAUUGAGAAUAGUGAUAGCCAAGAAUGGUUUCCAAUUUGGGUUUGGAAAAAAUUUGAUGAUGGACUAUUAGAGGAAGCAAUGAUAGUUUGUGGAAUAGAGGAGAAAAAUAGAGAGAUUGCAGAGAGAAUGAUUAAGGUAGCUUUAAUGUGUGUUCAAUAUAGGCAAGAGUUAAGGCCUAUAAUGAGUGUUGUGGUGAAAAUGUUGGAAGGUUCAUUGGAGAUUCCAAAGACUUUGAACCCUUUUCAGCAUUUGAUUGAUGGAGCUAACUUUGCUACUCAAUCAGUGCAAGUGUCAAAUACUUAUACAACUACUGUUACUUCUUCUUCUGUUAAGGUUAGUGAUUGUAGCAUUGUGUGUGCUACUCCAAUUAUGAAGAAAUAUGAGAUUGAAUUAGCAUCUAGCAUAGUGUGAUUGAAUGCAUAAGCUCCUUCAUGGGAUGAGUUUCAUGUUGUAAUUAAGUUGUAACAUAUUUUCCUUUCAACUAGUAUGACUCAAUGAAAGAUUAAUAGAUUUAAGAAAAUGAAAGAUAAAUGUUUAACCAUGAUCCCAAAAUAUGACUUAUUACAAAUGGUUGUUACUGGCUUGAUAUAAGAUGUUUGAAAUAGGGGUGUUCAAAAAUAUGGUUAAUUGAAUUGUAUACUUGAACUGAACCAAAUUGCACCAUAAAAAAACUGAACCACUUAAAUGGUUAA